AUGGCCAAAUGCCCCGUGGUGAACCUCCCGAUCCGGAUCGGACUAGGCCGCCAUAUUGGCCUGCUGGUACGGUACCCAUCUCCUCCUCGAAACAUACCAUGUUACGUCAUUCAUCGAGAACCCGAUCACAUUGGCCGCGACGACAGGACCCGGCUGCUCGUCCAUUUGAUCACGAACACCCCCCAGCCAGUCAUUACGAACCCUCUGUCGGAUGGAGUGAACCGGCAAUUUGUGACGGCCCGAGACCUAUUAGAAUCUCUUCAGACUAAGAGAAGUGAGUUGCGGGAGGACCGUUGGGAUAUUAUCCAACAGAUUGUAAAUGCAAGAGAGAAGCAAGAGCAGUAUGAGGCCAAUGAGAUAGAUGGCGAUACGCUGAUCUUUGUUUGUGAUUACGGUGAUAUCACCAGUUCAAAACUGUCGGCGAUCGACUCUGAUGAUGAAGGGCUUCGACGGGCCAGCUCUGCACUUGGGGCAUCCAGCGACGGCUCCGGAGAAGCAGGUGAAGACCAUGAACCGACGCCAGGCUCGUCCACACAAACAUCUCCCACUGAUCAGCUUGUCUCGGAGGGGCGCAUCAUAAUCAACAAACCCCGAAGCUCUGGCGCCAAGGAAACCAGUAGCCGUCGUUAUGCGCCUCGUCGACCUCGACAGAGCUUCAAUACGGGUCGAAUGGUAUCGGCGAUUGCGCCACGGACAGGACAGGACUUUUCACCCGCGGUGAAAAUGGGGAUAGAGAAUGGGACGACGCAUCCCGAUGCUGUCAUGGUACCACUAGUUGGAAUCCACCAGGUACCAGCCAAUGUGUUCGGUCGCAAUCUCGACAAUCAUGCUGGGACCAACGCCAUGAUGCAUGCAGCUGUGCAGAGCGGUCAUCUCACUGCAAACCUGCACCCUUCAGCCUGGCCAGGAAUGUUGCCAGACAUGGGGCCUGAUCCACCUCCUGAGAUGUUCGGUAUUCCCUCUAGUAUGGCGCCGCAACCGGCCGGCUUGAGACAUGCGUAUUUCGGUCAGGAGACGCUCGAAAUGGCCAAUGGUAUACAAGGCGGACUGCCUCCGACCGUAGUAAACCCCAUGCUUUACCAGGACUUUGGGGACAGCACCCGACGUUCUCUCCCGCUGCGAGUCGCGGACACACAACAAAGCGCAAUGAUGCCAACGGCAGAUAUCAGCAUGGGAAUGAUGGCUGAUCGUUGCUACAAGCUCGAUCAUUGGUGA